CAAAACCCCACAAAUGGCUUCUGCAUUCAAUCUUUUUGAACAAUAAAAAUAUAAAAUGUUCUGUAUUUUUUUCUGGUGAAACAAUAAAUCGAGGAUCCUCAUGUUACUCUGAUUCAAUCGUCCACAAUAGAGUAUCGAUUAACUGUCACUGUGUGGACGCCAUUUUCCGAUUUUUUUAUUCCCCUGCCCCUACACAUUUUCUGCGUGAGCGGACAGAAAACAGUCCUCGACAGCUCCUAGCUUUUCAUGUUACCUCGAAAUGCUGGAGGAGUUUGUCAUUCACACGUACAAAAUCACGGUGCAUAUCACGUCAAUUCACCCUCCCUCCGUAAAUAAUAAAUCAGUAGAUAGGAAUUAUAUCUAAUAAUGUGGUGCUGAAUUCUCAAAAGUGUCUUAACCGAUUCUCUUUAAUUUUAGUCAACUUGAGUUCAGUAUUUAUUUAUAUAUCUAAGAUGAUGUUUUGUUGUCUACGAAGUUGUUUUAAUGGGCUAGGAUUUCCUGGGACCCAAACACCUCAGAAGGAGCCAAAUCCCAUCAAUUUGGAUACUUCUCACAUGGGUCAUGAGGUAGUAAUUGUUAUGAACGGCCUAAGAGCUUGUGGACAGGGCUGUGCCCUCACAAAUUUACCUUUAGUACAAAGUAAAAGUUAUUUUGAAGUUAAAAUACGUCAGGAUGGAAUUUGGGCAGUGGGUUUAGCUACAAGAUCGACUGACUUAAAUACAUCGACCGGUGGAAAUGAUGCUGAAAGUUGGGCCUUGAAUUCUACAGGGAUUAUUCGUCACAACAAGGAGGAAGUGCAUAAACUACAAACACUUGCCCAGGAGGGCGAUAUUAUUGGAAUCUCCUUCGAUCACAUAGAACUCAAUUUUUAUGUUAAUGGAAAACCUCUGGAGGCACCUGUCAUGGGCAUUAAGGGAACAGUUUAUCCUGCUUUAUAUGUGGAUGAAGGAGCGAUUCUCGAUUUAAUACCCCAGGAAUUCGCUCACACACCCCCGGGUGGCUUCGAGAAAAUAAUGGUCGAGCAAUCUCUACUUUAAUAUUAUUGAUCCUCAAUCAAUUGUGCGUGGUACCUUAUUUCCAGUUAACUGAUUACUUAUUAACUUAUGGUGCAAAAAUAAAUUCCAAAAAUUUUGUCAACUGAUUUUCUCUUAAUGAUAAAUAACUGUACAAAUUCAAAUGAUAACAAUAAGAGACGGAAGAAAGUGUGAAAUGUAAUGUCCAAAUUGUCACAAAUAUACUAUAACUAUUUAAUCAAAA